AUGCUUCCGCCUCAUUUGGACCCUCACGACAAGCCUUUGGCUGAUGAUGACCGUCAUGAUGGCAGGCAUGUUGCUGCUCCUUUGCGUGACUCUACAAUCGGAGCAAAGGUUGCAAAGAGGAAGCUUGCCCCCUCGGUGACAGCAUUGAAACGCAUGAAGCUUGCGCAGGCAGCUGAGGCAGCUGAAGACCUGCGAGCUGCCGGGGGUGGCGGUGAGCAUGAGGCUGAUGGAGCUGCAUCUGAGGAGUCUCCCCAUUGGACGCCUGUGCGAUCCAAGGAAGAUCGUGCAGCCAGGCCAGGGCUACUGAUUUUCCCAGUCACCUCUCCUGCAGGAGAUGCUUCAGCUGGCUCAGAACCCAAGGCGCCUGAUCAUGAUCAUGUCCACACUCGCAGGGAGCAGCUGAAGUUGCAACCCGCGCCAAAGGCCAAAGGUAAAGCCAAGGCCAAGGCGAAGGCAAAGGCCUCCGCCAGGGCUCCGAGUCCUCACGAGAAUUCCGCAGAGCCUUCGAUGCCUUCGAGUGCAGAUGCAGGUCGAGGUGCACGGCCUUCGGUGUCAGAGGAGGGCAGCGAUGGCAAAGCCAAAGGCAAAGGGCCAUCAGGAGGCCGUGGCAGAGGCAAGGGCGGCCGGGGCCGAGGCGGCCGUGGCGGCCGUGGCAAAGGCAAAGGGCCCUCAGAGUCAGGCCAUGAGGGAGGCAAAGGUGGGGCUGAGGGCGCCGAUCUGGAGCCCGAGAAUCGCAAAGGCAAGGGCAAGGGCAAGAAGGGCAGUACGGGUGCCAGUACAAGGGUGACGCCAUCGGAGGUCAUGGAUGUUCUGCAGGAGGACGACCUGAUGAUGCGGAUGACCCUUGAGUUGAAGGAUGCCAUGAACUUGCCUCCGGAGGAGAUCCCCAGCAUCGAGGAUCAGAGGAAGGUCAAGCGCUAUGAGCACUGGAGACUGAGUAUGUACUGGACCCGCAACACAGUUGGUGUUCUCAGGCUCCAUGGACCACGGACUCAGCCGACCUACUGCGGGACCCUGGCCGCGGGAGGGUCCGACAACAUCGCGGUGGCACAAGAAGCUGCGGAUCAGUUUGACGGAAUUGGUUCGAAACUGCUCGGAACCGAUUCGGAACUGUUCGGCAUCCAGAUUACUUGGAUGGGCGGAGACAGCUCGGAGCUUCGGUAUGCUCUGACAUCGACUGAUGCUUCAACCAUGCGUCGCAUGCUGGGUGAUGCAGCAAAGUACGCUAAGAUCUUGAAGAACCACGAGGAUGCCGGAGGCAGCCUUGGAGAUCUGUGA